AUGUCCAGAGGAGGGGAGAUGGUUUAUAUCCCGGAUGACUCCGACUUCAGCUCCUUCAGGGACCAGUGCGAGAGCCUGGAGGGCUGGCACUGCCGCUACAACAAGGCCGGUGUGACCGUGUGGAGUCAGGGCCAGGAGGARAGCUGCACCGUGCAGAAAAUCAAGACCCGCAUCUCCUGCAAGGACGUGCCYGCCGAGACCCUCUAUGACGUGCUGCACGACACCAGCUACCGCAAGAAAUGGGACUCCAACAUGAUCGAGACCUACGACAUCGGCCGCCUCACCGUCAACGCUGAUGUGGGAUACUACUCCUGGAAGUGCCCGAGCCCGCUCAAGAACCGGGAUUUCGUCACGCUGCGCUCCUGGCUGCCCCUGGGCAAUGACUACAUGAUCAUCAACUACAGCGUCAAGCACCCGAAAUACCCGCCCCGGAAGGAUUUCGUGAGGGCGGUGUCGCUGCAGACAGGGUACCUGAUCAAGGCGAACGGUGACGGUGCCUGUGUCCUCUAUUACCUCACCCAGGUGGAUCCUCGCGGGUCGCUGCCGAAGUGGGUGGUGAACCGCGUGUCCCAGUUUGUGGCACCGAAGGCGAUGAAGAAGAUCUACAAGGCAGGGCUGAAGUACCCGGAGUGGAAGCGGCGGCACGACCCCGAGUACAAGCCCUGGGUGUACCCCGAGCAGAACACGCUGCCCAGCGUCAGCCUGGCCGAGCUGUCCGUGCAGCACGCGGAUUCCCUGGAGAACAUCGAUGAGACCGGGCUGCCCGAGGACCACCUGAGUGCCAGUGACCACGAGGCCUGAGCUCUGAGCACGGGGGGAUCCCCUCAUCACCGAGGCUUGGCACCAGAGGGCACGGCCGGGAAUUUGGCCCCCUGCUUCCCAAUAGUCACAUCUGCUSUCCAAUUCCUUCAUCACUGACCCCCCUACCCUGGCAGUGGGGAGCUGUCCUGUGGGAUCCGCAUCACAGGUGCUGGAGAGAGGGAGGGUGGGCACCCUGACCCCCCUGCACCCAUGGAGAUGUCCCCACAGGAGACAGGGCUGGCAGUGAGUGUCCCAAGGAGAGGCUGGGGAGGAGCUUUCCUGGCACCAGGAUAUGUCUCUGCCAUUCUGAGACCCUCAAAGGUCCAGAAGUGGGGGGUCUGUGAGGGUCCUGCCUGGGCUUUGCUGCAGCACAGGGCUUGGAUUGAUCCCCUCUGGCCUGAGGUCCAGCUCUGCCAACCCCGAGGUCAGGCUGGACCCACUGCAGCUCUCCAAGYCUCUCCAAGCUUUGUGUGACCCCCUCCCAUCUCAGGGAGUUCCUCUCCUGAGCACCAGGCUCGCCUCUGAAGGCUGGCCCUAGCCCAGCUGGCUCUGGGGACCCCUGUCCCAGGUGGUUGGGGGGAUUUGUCCUGGCAGUGGGGUCUCAGGCUGCCUGUCCCCACUCUCUGUUUGCCGCUGCUGUGGUUCCUGGCACAAUAAAGGRGUUGGUGUGUG